AUGGCUGAGGCACGUGCGACAGGCCCGUUUGCUGAAGAUCCCUCUUCGCCAGAGCGUGCCCGUGGCCCGACGAAGAACGGAAUCCAGCCACUCAUGAAGAGUCUUUUGCUCGUUAUCAGACACCAAUGGUGUAUCGUCCAUGCCGGUGGAGGCCUUUUGGGGUAUUCCAGGCAACGCGUCAGGAACUCGAAGCUGCGCCUGCUCCUCGAGACAUGGUCUAUCCUGUAUUCGGGAGGAAGAGAGGGUUACGAGAAGGAUAGAAGUGAAAGGCUUGGCUUUGACUUCACACCCACGGUCCAGGGCGCGCACAUCAUCGCACCAGUGUCACUGAAAGACAGGCGUGGCGGCUUGCUUUUUACCUCUUACAGACAGGAUUGGGAGUCUGGCGCUAAGUUCGGUAACACCAAUGACGGAAGCGUCGAUAGAAUUGCCGACAGCCCUAUUUGCCAGGGUCAGGAAUGGAAUGCCCCAUUGCAUCGACAUGCCUUCGUCUGGGCUGUCUGCCUUGGCUAUUCUAAAUUCAAGAUACUAUUAUGUAAUGCAUCCUCCAGGGCUGCGAACCAGGCCAACGCCGAUCCUCUGACGCCUCCUGCGUGCCUUCCGUGCUCGCUGCCGCCAUGUCAUGACCCGCGCAAGCCGUGCUUGUGGAUGGACUACGAAAACAACAGGAACCCCCUUGCGGAGGCGGCGGUGUUUGUCUCUCGCUGCAUCCACCGUCGAGGGAUGAUCCGAGACCUCGUUUCGGUCAAUUCGGUAACGGGCCCUGACCUGGACCUGGGGGGUCCGGGCUGUUCUGUUUGCAAAAGACCCGCCGCCCGCCGCCGCCUUCGAUACCGGCCGAUUCUAAUUCUAAUGUCCGAGCCCGUCAAACACGCAUCGCCACAAGAGACUUGCACAGUACAGACCUACACGAGCCAGCGUGGUUUCUAG